CCCCGUCCCAUUGCUCCACACAGACACAUACGCCUCACACUCUCUGAUCAGAUCAGCCACAGAGUCACAGUAGCACUAGCUUGAGCUAGCCACCUUCUGCCACUCCGGGCAUUUUCUUGCAUCCACGAAGGCAAUGGCCACUGCUGAUGUCCAGAACCCGGCGGUCGCGCUGACGGAGGAGGCGCCCGCGGUGGAGACACCCCUGGUCGCCGAGGAGGUCGCGAAGACGGAGGAGGCCCCCACGCCGGCGGUGGCCGAAGACGAAGCGCCUGCUGCCCCCGUCGAGGUUGAGGAGACUAAGGAGGAGGCGCCGGCCGCCGCUGAGACGGAGGAGACCAAGGAGCCCGAGCCCGCAGCUGCGGCCGAGCCGGAGGCCGAGGCGCCAGCCGUGGUCGAGACAGAGACCAAGGAGGCCGUGGCUGAGGCAGAGCCGGCGGUGGUCGAGGAGGUGAAGGAGGAGGCGGCGCCUGCUGCCGAGCCGGAGGUUGCGGCCGUCGCCGAGGAAGCACCGGCUGCUGCGGAGGAGGCACCCGCGGCCGCGGCAGAGGAGCCGGCCGCCGCGGUGGCCAGCGUCAGCGUGUGAGGCGCCGGCGCGCGCGGACGAGGAGCUGGCUGUGUCAGCGUCCACGGCGGCAGCCGUGUGCUCCUACGUGGCACGGCGUGAUGCUCAGUCAGCCAGUGGAGUGGACUGGAGUGGAGUGCUACUUUUUACUACUAGGUGUGGGGUGCUUUGCGCGGGGUCCGCGUGACGUGGGCUAAAUAAAAGUGUUGUCGGGUCGACGCCCAGUCCCAAGUGUCGGUCAGCAGAGAGCGAGAGACGCAGUGCCAGUGUGCCACUCUAGAUAAUGUAUGCUUCUUUUCUCGACAAGACAUGCUUCAUUAUUUCUACGGA